AUCAACCGCUGACACGCGCUCCGGAUCGUAACGCACUCCGCCUGCACGCGCAGUUUAUCUCGGAUAACACUCUAAAUCUACAUAAAAGUCUAAAAGUCUAAGUCUCAUUUAUAUAUAUACAUAUUCAUAUUUAAUUUCGCCACAACUAAGUAGUAGCCCAUCUCCGAAUCCCCUUUUCUUUUUGACCUCGACAACCACCGGACACGGAAAGUUACCCACUGACCCACGCUGAGGUGGACUUUACCGACAGGUACGAGCGGAAUUGAACUUCUUCUGAAUACCGGACCGACACUCCCUAAGCGUGAAAAAAAAAGCGCCUGUGGAAUUUGCAGUGAGCGCGGAAGAGAAACAUCCCGCGUGCAAAUUGAAUCUUUCCGCGCUCGGAGCGAGAGAACGGCGUGCGCGCGCAGCGGAGCCAAACCGCAGAGCGUGCGGGAAUCAGGAACGGGGAAAACGGACGGAGAUACGGCCGGUUGUUACCAUUCAGACCAGGCACAUUGAGGAAGAAGAGCCUGAUGUGGCUCCCAGCGGCACAGUUUUACUGCACUGAUCUCUCGUGUCACUGGGAGCGCGAGUCUCCCCCGGGAUUUUGCGCGUGAGGCCUCGGCGCUGUGUUUAGACUGGACCGGCGAGUGCUGGAAACAGGUGGAUCUGACCAAGAUGUCCGUGCUGCCUUCAAGGUUUAGCUACGUGUGUUUACAUUUUCUGGUCCUCUACUUCCAGUUACAGGAGUCACAUCAGAGUUCUGCCGACUUCCGGUUCUACAUCGAGAAUCACACACGUGAUGACGUGAGUCGGAAACAGGUGCGGAUAUACCAGCUGUACAGUCGGACGACAGGGAAGCAUGUACAGAUCCUUGGCAAGAAGAUCAAUGCUAACGGAGACGAUGGGGGCAAGUACGCGCUCCUCGUUGUUGAGACAGAGACGUUUGGGAGUCAUGUUCGGAUAAAAGGAAAUGAAAGUGGCUACUAUAUCUGCAUGAACAAGAAUGGCAAAAUCAUUGGCAAGCUCAAUGGGAGUAACCCAGAGUGUGUGUUCGUGGAGGAGUUCUUGGAAAACAACUACACGGCAUUAGUGUCUGCCAAGUACAAAGGCUGGUACCUGGGCUUCAACCGCCGCGGCCGGCCCAAAAAAGGCUCACGGACCACACAGACACAGCAGGAAGUGCAUUUCAUGAAACGCGACCCUAAGGGCAAGGUGGACCCUAAGGAGGAGUUCCGUUUCACCACUGUAACGAAACGGACGCGUAGGGCACGGCGCUUACGGCCAAAUCACAAAACAAACUGAAGUGACACGGACCAAACAUGCACUCUUCCUUUAUAGACAUCUCAAAUGUUUUGCCUUAAAAACAUAAAGGUUUUUGUGAUUAAGCAGCAGGAGACAAAAAAAACGAAAGACAAAAAAGACAAAAACCUUUAAAAAAGUUCAAAGAUAUUUUAUUUUUAUAUUUUCAAAUCUUUGAGUAUCUCUUAGGUGUUGAAUGUCUCUGGGUUAUCAUUAAUGUUAUAUUGUGUCUGUUACUUUCUGUUAUUUAUAUUGGAUAAACUGUGGAUGACAAAAAAGGAACUGUGUUCUCCCACUUUGACGAGUUUACAGCAGCAGGCAUCCUGUUGAAAAGGAGAUAUUUGACUUCCCAAGGGGGAAAAAUAAACUUCUCUAUUUAGUUUUAAAUUGGCCUAAACAACACAGAUCCGUUUUUUCCCCCUGACUGGGAUGCGCUAUCAUACAAGAGGACCGUGAUAACAGGAGCACAUGACAGGACUCUGUACCAGCUUCACCACAAGACAACACUAGCUUUGAGUGCAAUAUUUUGAAGGGUCCUCCGUGCAGCAUCUCAUCGCCUUCGUUUCUGCUCAAUGAUUUUUCUGUGAGAAGUCUGAGUUUUCUCUCUAGGCCUGUAUGUGGGUGAAGUGUGCUUAAUCACACCCAGCAAUUGUAUGGUUCCUUUUACAUUUUUGUGCAACCUGUGAUUCAGCAGAGCACAACAUGCUUUGACUAGCCAGACAUCAGCAUCUGCUAUGGCAGUAGUGCUUGUUAAAACAAAUGGAGAGAAGCUUAGAGUUUGAAUUGACGAUCUGAUGUGAACGUUUUGACCUUUCUUGUUGUACUUUGGUGCAAGGUUUACGAGAAUUAACUGUAGUGGGCCUGAUCUCAGACACUAGCACAUACACAUAUGUACUUUUUUAUUUUCAAGUGUUACAGAAAUUUAUAAAACUAUACAGUCAAUUUUGAAGAAUUAUCACAAAAUCAGUUAUAAGGUUAAUGGUCAUUUAUUCCCCUGGCAAUUUACAGUAAUGUGCUCUUCUCGGAGCAUGUAAAAGGUCACCUCUUUUCUUUCACUCUAUAGGAUUUCACUGUGUUUCAGGUUUCCAUUUGUAAACUUCUUCUAUUAUGGAUUAGACAUCAUUUUGCUAUGUAUGUACUUAUGUCCACUAAGGCUUUAUACCUGAGCAUUCUGAACCGAGCUACCACAGGGAUGGUGGAGCACCUUUCAUUAACUCACCCGUGCUAAGGUUUGCCCUUCAUAUGUCGCUGUAGUGUAAACAAAUCUAUAUACUCCUUUGUCACAUGACAGGUUUUGUAAGAGAUACUACUAACAAACAUGACACGUAUGGUAAAAAAAAAAGCGUAUACAAAAAUAAUAAUUUUAUGACUAUUAUAAAAAAAAUAUUUAUUGCCUUUCUCUGUAAAUACAA